AUGAACGGACCAAUAAUUUUGUUGAAAGAGGGAACAGAAGCAAAGUUUGGUAAACAACAAAUAAUUAGUAAUAUUAGUGCAUGCAAUGUGAUCGCCGAUAGUGUUCGUACCACUCUAGGACCUCGUGGCAUGGAUAAACUGAUUAUCGAUUCUAAAGGUAAAACAACGGUCUCAAACGAUGGAGCAACCAUCCUGAAAUUACUGGAUGUUGUUUUUCCCGCAGCUCAAGUUAUGGUCGAUAUAGCGAAAAGUCAAGAUGCUGAAGUUGGCGAUGGCACGACUUCAGUUGUAAUACUAGCAGCCGAGCUUUUGAAACGUUCAAAAUCUUUCAUUGAAGAUGGUGUGAGCCCACAGCUAAUAAUUCGAUCCUAUUCAAAAGCUUGUGAAGAGGCAGUCAGUCGACUUAAGCAACUGGCUGAAAAAAUCAGUGGCGAUACUAAUAUGCGUGAAAUGCUAACUCGGUGUGCCACUACUUGUCUCAGUAGUAAAUUGAUAAGUCAAGAACGGGAAUUCUUCGCUGAAAUGGCUGUUGAUGCUGUCGCGUAUUUGGAUGAAAAUUUGACAUCAAAUAUGAUAGGGAUUAAGAAAGUUAGCGGUGGAUCUCUUUCGGAUUCUCAACUUGUUAAAGGCAUUGCAUUCAAGAAAGCAUUCAGUUAUGCAGGCUUUGAAAUGCAACCAAAACAUUACAAAAAUCCUUCCGUUGCCUUGCUUAAUAUUGAACUGGAAUUGAAAGCUGAGAAAGACAACGCAGAAAUGAGAAUUCAAAGUGUGGAUGAAUAUCAAAAGAUUGUUGAUGCUGAGUGGACAAUUUUGUAUGACAAACUGAAGAAAAUUCAUGAAUCUGGUGCGAAAGUAGUACUUUCAAAACUGCCAAUUGGAGAUGUGGCAACACAAUGGUUUGCUGAUAGAGAUAUGUUUUGUGCGGGACGUGUGGAACAGGCUGAUAUGGAUAGAUUAAUUGCUGCUUGUGGUGGUACUAUUCUUACAACCGUAAGUCAAAUUAGCAAGGAACUUCUUGGAAACUGCGGUGAAUUUUACGAACAACAAGUAGGAAGCGAACGAUAUAACUUUUUCCUGGACUGUACAAAGGCUAACGCUUGUACCGUGAUUUUGCGCGGUAGUGCAGAGCAAUUUAUCGCAGAAACGGAACGUUCUUUGCACGAUGCAAUCAUGAUUGUACGACGUGCUAAAAAAAAUGACACAAUUGUUGCUGGUGGUGGUGCUAUUGAAAUGGAGCUUUCGCGGCAUAUUAGAGAUAUUUCUAAAACUAUCGCGGGCAAAGAGCAAUUCUUUUGGCAAGCAUUCGCCAAAACUUUAGAGGUAAUUCCAAAGCAGCUAUGCUACAAUGCAGGCAUAGAUGCCACGGACAUACUGAAUCGAUUGCGACACCGACAUGCGAAGGGAGAUAAGUGGGCGGGAGUUGAUAUUUAUGCGGAAGAUGUCAGUGACAAUAUGAAAGCGUGUAUUUGGGAACCAGCUGUUGUGAAACUAAAUGCACUGACAGCAGCAACCGAAGCAGCAUGUCUUGUUUUAAGUAUUGAUCAGACGAUUAAGAAUCCUCGUUCGGCAAGUGGUGGUCAGUUACCAGAUAUGUAA